AUGUGCUCUCAUGGUCAACAGCCAGAUAUAGUAACCUUCUCAAUUAUGAUUGAUGGCUUGUGUAGACAGGGGAAUCUCGAUGAGGCACUCACACUAUUGACAGCAAUGGAGAAAAGUCAGUUGAAGCCUAAUGUUGUGAUCUAUAGCAGUCUGAUCAAUGGUAUGUGCAAAGUUGGGAAGAUUAAUGAUGCCAAGGAACUUUUUUCUAGUCUUUUUGAAAUUGGUUUACAACCUGAUGUUUAUGUAUAUAGCGCAAUUAUGAAAGGACUCUGCCAACAAGGAUUAAUGGAUGAAGCGUAUAAGCUAUUUAAAGACAUGGAAAAGGUAGGAUGUUUACCAGAUAAUUGUUGUUAUAAUAUCAUCAUUCAAGGGUUUCUCAAGCAUGAGGAUUUACCAAAAGCAUCAGAACUAAUCAACGAAAUGGUUGAUAAGGGGUUCUCUGCUGAUGAUGCUACCACAGAAUUGGUAGUACAUUUAUCGCGGAAUAAUGAUCUCAUUCUGAGGCUUUUAAAGGUGCGCAAUGAGGGAUCAGCAAAUUAA